AUGCUUCGAGUUUUACAAGGAAUGGGUGGCGCCGCUAUCAUUCCAGCCGGGCUUGGUAUGAUAACCACGACAUACCCACCAGGAGGAAAGAGAAAACGAGCUUACUCUAUCGUUAUUGGAGUCGCGUCACUGGGCUCUGUGUCAGGAAACUUGGUUGGUGGAGUGAUCGGCGACUUGUUGGGAUGGAAAUGGGUCUUUUGGAUCCCCGCUAUAAUAUCAUCGAUGGCAACUGGGGCUGCAGCUUUAUCAACGUCGAAAUUUCCAAUCAGAAAGGCUCGCUCCGAGGUGGAUAUUGAUUGGCUCGGUGCUCUGUUGAUAUCGAGCAGCCUUCUCCUUUUCUUGGUCUCCUUCUCCGAAGGAAGUGUGGUCGGAUGGGGGACUCCUUGGGUUCCAACGCUUAUUGCUGUUGCGGCCAUUCUUCUCUGUCUUUUUGUCUUCUGGCAGCGAUGCUUAGAGGAAAGAUAUGAACGAGUGCCACUUCUCAAGGUCUCUAUGUUUCGACGCGCCAAGUUUUCAGCACUCUUUUUGCUCAUCGGUCUUGUUUAUGGAUCAUUUAACAGCUUUUUGGUUUUUGCAACCGAGUUAUUACCUCGGGCUAAGCGAGCUACAAACUGCCCUUCGAUUCUUGCCUGCCGGAAUAUCAGGCUGUAA